AUGGCAGAACCAGAAGUCGAUCUCGACUCUAUCAUCGAUAGACUGCUAGAAGUUAGAGGCAGCAGACCAGGCAAACAAGUACAGCUUUUGGAACAAGAAAUUCGUUAUCUUUGCACCAAGGCUCGCGAAAUUUUCAUCUCUCAACCCAUCCUCUUAGAGCUCGAGGCACCAAUCAAGAUCUGUGGUGAUAUUCAUGGUCAAUACUACGAUCUCCUCCGUUUGUUCGAAUAUGGUGGAUUCCCUCCCGAGGCUAACUACCUCUUCCUUGGUGAUUAUGUUGAUAGAGGCAAACAGUCUCUCGAGACUAUCUGUUUGCUCUUAGCAUACAAAAUCAAAUACCCAGAAAACUUCUUCAUCCUCCGCGGUAACCACGAGUGUGCCUCCAUCAACAGAAUCUACGGUUUCUACGACGAGUGCAAGAGAAGAUACAACAUUAAGCUAUGGAAGACAUUUACUGAUUGCUUCAACUGCCUCCCCAUUGCAGCAAUCAUUGACGAAAAAAUCUUCACUAUGCACGGUGGUUUGAGUCCAGAUUUGAACUCCAUGGAGCAAAUCCGUCGUGUCAUGCGACCAACUGAUAUUCCUGAUUGCGGUCUCCUUUGCGAUCUCCUCUGGUCUGAUCCAGACAAGGAUAUCACCGGCUGGAGCGAAAACGAUCGUGGUGUAUCAUUCACAUUCGGUCCCGAUGUUGUUUCUAGGUUCUUACAAAAGCAUGAUAUGGAUUUGAUAUGCAGAGCUCAUCAAGUCGUCGAGGAUGGUUACGAGUUCUUCUCAAAGCGGCAAUUGGUAACACUCUUCAGUGCGCCCAAUUACUGUGGAGAGUUUGACAAUGCCGGAGCGAUGAUGAGUGUGGAUGAGAGUUUGCUAUGUUCAUUCCAGAUUUUAAAACCAGCGGAGAAAAAACAAAAGUACGUCACAACAGGUGGUCUAGGUGCCUCCAGCAGGCCCGUCACUCCGAGGAAAAAAUAA